UGGCCAUAGUGUUUGUGUUUCAUUCAUUUACAGCAAAAAUGUUUGAACAAAGUAAUAACAGGGUCCUCUGUUUCCAAUGGUACCAAGAUAUAACAUUUUGAAGGUCACUCAGUUACCACGAUAUUUAGUUUUUUAUUUGAUUGUUUUAUAUUUAUGGCCCAGAUGUGUUGUUUAUAGAAAUAUGUACUGCAUUUGCCGUUUUUCCUUGCCGAAAUUGAGACAGCGAUGAUAUGUUGACCAGUUGCACGUGUGCAUAUGCCUCAGCCCGCACUGGCUCAAACAAACACUUUUUCUGUGAAGUACUUACAUGAGUUUUUAACUCAUCAGCAUUUUAGAGUGAUUAUCUUUUUGUCUGUUGAAAAAGGAAUUGUAAUUGUAAAUGUUCGUGUCUGCCAGGUUCCAGUAGUGGCCUUCUGCAUCAUGAGCAUGAGGACAUAUCCACGGCCCACCCAUCUUAAUGUUACUUAAUGACCUUGUUUAUCUCCAUAACAGACACCACUCAGCCAUGACCUCAUACUGAACUUGACUCAGGAUGGUAUUAAACUGCUGUUUGAUGCCACAAAUCAGAGACUCAAGGUGAAAUCGUUAUGUAUUUUUGUACUGCCACCUCCCCAAAUAGUUUUUUUCUUAAAUAAUGCACUCAAAUAUUUUGGAUGGACAAGAGCACUGUGGCAAAUUUCUGUGGCUCAGAAAAUUGAUGGAUAAUGUAUGGAAUUAUGUGAGGAGAUAAUUCAUUUGCAUGGGUUCACGGUCGCAACAGCCCUCUGAAGGAAGUCGUAACUACGUGGCCCGUGACAAAAAUAGAAUUGACACCCCUGAUAAAGCAAGCUAGGGCUGCAUAAUAUUUCGUUUAGAGCCUCACGGUGGCGAAGAACGUGUACGCAAUAGUCUCAUCGCAGGAUCUGCUGUGAUGUUGGGGUACUGUAAUCUGCUGAGAAUCAACUGUAAUAUUAAAAUUGACCAGCUGAGGGACCUGUUUGGACAUGCUCAAAAGAUUAAAACAUGGUACACCUGUUGCAUUUCCUAUUUUGUGCUUCAGAAUGAGACGAAGCAGGUACGCAGCAGCUGUGUCUGUGCGUGAGGUGAUUGAAGUGUAUGACCUAAGCAAAGUGAAACUGAAAUACUGUGGCGUCCAUUUCAAUUCUCAAGCCAUUGCCCCCACUAUAGAACAAAUAGACCAGUCGUUUGGAGCGACCCACCCUGGAGUUUACAAUGCAGCUGAGCAGUUCUUCCAUCUCAACUUUCGAGGCCUGUCGUUCUCUUUCCAACUUGACUCUUGGAACGAGGCUCCAAAAUAUGAGAUUCCGCAUGGGGCCAUGGUCAAGAGGAUGCACAUCUAUACUGGCAACAACCUGCAAGAAACAAAAGCUCCAGCGAUGCCAUUGGCCUGUUUCUUUGGUAACAUCUUUGCAGAGUGCGUGGAUGUCCUGAGAGAGGGUACAGGACCAGUGGGGCUUAAGUUCCGCCUACUAACUGCGGGUUGUGGUCCUGGUGUGAUGGGUGAUGCGAAAGUGAGGUCCUUAGAAAGAUGCAUCUACUUUGGUGACUCCUGUCAGGAGGUGCUUGGCGCUCUGGGCUCACCACUUAAAAUAUUCUACAAGUCUGAGGACAAGAUGAAGAUCCACUCUCCAUCACCUCACAAGCAAGUUCCUUCCAAAUGUAACGACUACUUCUUCAACUACUUCACCCUUGGAGUGGAUAUCCUUUUUGACUCGACAACUCAUCUGGUUAAGAAGUUUGUCCUCCAUACCAACUACCCAGGACAUUAUAACUUCAAUAUAUAUCAUCGGUGUGACUUUAAGAUUUCACUUGUCAUAAAAAAAGGAAGAGUUGACUCUCAGACAGAUGACUGCAUAUUGACCACUUACAGCAAGUGGGAUCAGAUUCAGGAACUGCUGGGCCACUCAAUGGAAAAACCCGUUGUGCUUCAUAGGUCCUCAUCUGCCAAUAACACCAACCCCUUUGGCUCUACUUUUUGCUUUGGACUGCAGAGGAUGAUCUUUGAGGGAGCGUACAUUCGCGAGGUGGAUCGACGGGAACGCCAAUCUGUGUCCUCUCCUGCGGAGUUUCACCUGAAUGCCGGCUCGUUUCCCUCUGUGGUGCCGCUUCUGUCUCCAUGCGCCGAAAACCACGGACGCCGCUCCGGUGAUGCAGAAUAAUCACAUAGCAUCAGUGACCCUCUAUGGGGCUCCACGAACCACCAGUCGAACCCAACUUGAAGCCAGCAGCAGCUCCCACUGAACAAGUAACCAGACCUCGCAUCUCAUUCUGGCCUCUUCUCAGUCCGCACAGAGCUGAAAUCAAGCAAGCCACAACCACAACACGGCCAUUCUUGCAUUGAAUUCAGAAACAGCAAUUGCAUUUGUUUUCCUGCUGGCUUGGAAGAAUUGCACUCGAGACUUGGUGACAUAUAGUAGCCCUUGCCUUAGAGGGAAUAUCACUUAGAGACAAAGUGAUAAAAUCUGCAUUCGGGUAGAACUGGAAGAAAGGAAGUUCAGAAAGUGAAAUGCAGCUGACAGCCUGUGGGAAGCUGUCCUGCUGCUUUGGACUUGUGAAAUGCACCAUUAAAGAAAUCUGUUCUAGUCAAACUCAAGACAAACUUUGACUUGAUCCUCGGAAUCAUCAUCAUCAUUAUCAACUACAAUGCCGACUGGCAGCUACCGCCUGUCUUCCUCCCUCAAAAAAACAAGACGCAAGCCAAUCCAGGAAGAGCCAUCAGAUAUGGCAGAGAACAAAAGGAAGCAAAGCUGGUCAAUCGAAAUGUUAUCGAACAGUAAAAGAACCAAACAUUCAGUGGCCAAGCCAGAUGAGAAGACUCUUAAAGCAGACCUUCUAAAAAAUUUGUAUUUCCCUUUUGACCCCCCACACCCUAAGAAUCCGUGUGCCCAUAAAUGAUCACAAGCUGAAUCAUCUCCUAUCAUUUCAACACAAUAAGCACACAAAAGGUCAGUUUAGUUGCCUAGUUUGUUCAAAACAAAGGUCACCGUUCCACACAUUUCUUCUGUCAGCUAGUAGACAUGCAUGCAAACACUGCAGUAACUCGACAGGCAGGGUUGGAUAAGAGUAGAAACACAAACUGGCAACCUCUUGUUUAUUUUUAGUCCUGCAUGUUAGAAGUAUUGAAAAUGCUGCAUUUUUCCCUACUCUGUGCCCUGUCUCACUCAUAGUCACUAUAUCCGUGUUGCUCUUUUAUAGCAGUAAUUUUGCACGCUAGCGCACCUCUGUACUUUAUUAUAUUAGGAGUAAGCAAGUUGACAAAGGAAUGUUUUUUUUUGUUUCUUAUUAAAUGACCAAGCUUAGAGAACAGAUUCCCCUAUGCAUGUAUGUAUAUUGUUUGUCAACACACCUUCUGUUACUUUGUCCCCCCUUCUAUUUGCUUUUUGUUUGUGUGUCACUCUACAUGCUAGUGAUGCGUGACUUUUUGUCCCUCAGCAACGUCUGCGUCCUCUUGUUCGUUGAGCUGCCAAAUGCAAACGCCAAAGACAUUUCAGGGUCAUUUUCUUCUGAUCUGCUGACAUCAAUGUAACCUCUUGUGUCCUUGUGUCUGUCAUGUGGGUUAUUUUGUUUCCUUCAGUUCAUUACUAUUGCAAGCUGAUAUCCAGGUUAAGGUCCAUGAACAAGUAUGCUUGGUCUUCUCACUAGUAAGACAUUCCAGUGCACUAGUAUAACGACUGUCUUACUACUGUUUUUUUCAACUACUAGUGCCACUUUUGGCCUAUUAGUAGUAGGGCCCAAAUGAUAUGGUUUAUUCCGGCUGAUGCCGAUGCUAAUAUUUAGAAGCAUAAAAUUGUGAACAAUCUGCAAAAAUCUGCCAUUUUGUUUGUUUGAAUGUUAUUAUCUUUGUUUUAUGUUAUGUGGUUUUUUUUUGUUUUUUUUUUGUUUUGUUUUUUAACGAAAAGAUUUUUGCCAAUUUGAAAAGGGCUGAUUUUGGCUGAUUAAUCGACAUUUAAGAUCGAUAAAAGUGCAAAUGGAUUUUAUCACUUAUUCGCUAUGGUUGAUAUCUUACUAGUAAGGGCAGAGCGCGUACUGCUGUAGUGCAUGUACCCCAACCUGGAUAUCCAGGAUAUUGAAUAAAUGCACAAAUGGUUUUCCAUACAUUCCUGCACAUCAAGGGGACUGUGGUAGAAAAGCCUCCACGAAAGUUUCCUCAACUAGUUUGUUAACUGUUGACCAUGAUUACAAAGGUAUGGCGUAGCAGUACGGCCAUAAGCAAAAUAGCUGUAAUAUGAGAAUAAUUUUGGAACAUUACUUGGAAAAUGUCACAUAUGAACAAAUUCUGUCACCAGAAUAAAGUGGAUAUUAAAAUUUCCACAGGAAUUUUGAUACAACUCUGAGACGCGCAGCCACUGUCUUUCUAGAUACUGAAAGAUUUGGGGGGUGGGGGGGCACACACUAUAUUGCCAAAAGUAUUCGCUCACCUGGCUUGACUCACAUAUGAUCUGAAGUAACAUCCACUUUUUAUCAAUAGGGUUUUUUAAGACAUCGGUCCACCUUUUCCAGCUACCACAGCGUUAACUCUUCUGAAAAUGAUUCCACAAGGUUCAGGAGCGUGUGAAGGGAAUUUUCGACCAUUCUUCCAGAAGCGCAUUUGUGAGGUCACACAGUGAUGUUGGACGAGAAGGCCUGGCUCUCAGUCUGAAGUCGAAUUCAUCCCAACAGUUUUCCUAUCAGGUUGUUGUCAAGACUCUGUGCAGACCAGUCAAGUUGAUUUGUGGACCUUGCUUUUGUGCACUGGUACACAGACAUGUUGGAACAGAAAGAGGCUAUCCCCAAACUGUUCCCACAAAGUUGGGAGCAAUGAAUUGCCCGAAAGUUAUUGGUCAGCUGAAUCCUUCCUUUCACUGGAACUAAGGAACCAAUAUUUUGGACAAUUCCGCGCUCCCAACUUUGUGGGAACAGUUCUUCCAUUUCUAAUAUGGCUGUGCACCAGUGCACAAAGCAAGCUCCAUAAAGACAUGGAUGCUCGAGUUUGGUGUGGAUGAACUUGACUGGCCUGCACAGAGUCCUGACCUCGAUAGAAUACCUUUGGGAUAAGUAAGAGCGGCAACUGAUAGCCAGGCCUUCUCAUCCAACAUCAAAGUGUGACCUCACAAAUGCACUUCUGGAAGAAUAGUCAAAAGUUCCCACAAACACACACCUCAGCCUUGUGGAAAACCUUUCCAGAAGAGUUGAAGCUGUUAUGGCUGCUAAGGGUAGACCGGCGUCAUAUUGAACCCUAUGGAUUAGGAAUGGGAUGCCACUUAAAUUCAUAUAUCAGUUGAGGCAGAUGAGCGAAUACUUUUGGCAAUACAGUGUAUCACCCCACCACUUCAAUAUUACUUGAACACUGUAAAUUGCAAACAUUAUUUAUUAGGGCCCCUGUGAGUCAUGGGGUGAUGUUACCGUCAUCUCUCCCCCGUCGCCCUUACUGUGCCCCUAUAGAUACCCGCUUUUGUAUUUUUCUGGUAAUAUGAUUAAAUAUUUCUACAAAACACCACUUGUUGAUAAUGAGUUUAAACUGCUGGUGGUGUUGAUGUGCCACAAGAAUGCCUUUAAAAAAAAAUCAUAGCAUAAAAUUAGUUGUCUUUAUUCUUCAAAAGAACUUUUUUUUUACAUUUUAACGUCUUUCUGUGAAGAAGUUUGGACACUUUUUCUGUAGUAUUUGGACAUUAUUCUCAUAAAAUAACACUAGGGACAUUAUUCAAGUAAUAUUUUACUUAAUUUUUGUAAACUUGCACUUCAUUGUUGCAAGAAUGGCUAAAAUUCUUGUGGUUUCAUGACAUAAUUCUAAUAGCAUUCUACUUAUCGUGUUACCCUUAUACUCCUUUUUGUAAUUUUCUGUUUGUAAGAAAUUGUCAAGUGGUCAUCCAUCCAUCCAUUUUCUGUACCGCUUAUCCUCACAAGGGUCAUGGGUCAAGUGGUUAUUAUAAUUAGAAUUCCAAGCAGCUCUUGUGUAUUCUCGGCAAUUCAACAGGAUGGAUGACAAGUAGUCAGGCCUAUACUAAAAAAAAAGAAAAGAACCCAAUGCGGGUGUGUCUUGAGCCUGUUAUCUUUUGUAAUGGCCAACGGGUAACGCUUACACGUUGCAAAAACAAUUGUAUUUUUUGUAAGUAAAAAAAAAAAAAUUCAAAAUUAACACUUUUUCAUGACUUAAUUACCCAACACACUGACAAGUUCUAAGGAUGUAUUCAUAUUUGUCGGGAUAACCAUCGAAACUACUGCUUCGCUGUUGACAGGUGAAGUGUGAUCAUGUUUGAGUUAUAUAAUCAAAAAUGGUCUGUCAUUACUUUUCUGGACAGGAAACUAAAUCUUUCACAUUUGGAGUGCAAAGGAGAGCUGCAAAAUACAGGGUGAUUCAAAAAGAAUGUGCCAAAAUCACCACGCAAUAUUUCAAAAACGAAAAACAAUAGAAAACUCCAGCUUAGAAACAUACGUUGUACAUUCCUUAAAGUUUUUAUUUCAUGUUUUACAAGUGCCCACAAGUGUGGCCAGCACGGACAACAUCAAGCCGAUAUGAGAAUUCUUCCCUAACGCGCCUCAGGAUGUCACGGUCCAGCGUGUUGAUUGCAGCAGUUAUUCAAUCUUUCAUGUCAUCGAUAUUUGCCGGAAGUGGUGGAACAUAAACUUUGUCUUUAACAUACCCCCACAAGAAAAAGUCUAAAAGCACGCUUCACCGUGACAAUGGCAUUUGUUUUCGUAAAAUCAAGCACACAAAACGCUUUCUGCUGAGGAGUUGCCAUUUUGAGUGUUAAAAAAAAACAUAAUUUUUUUGACAAUUGAACGGCGUUAGAGGAGUACGUCACCACAGCGGUGACGUUCACACCCAAUCAAACUGGGAUAACUCCCCUAUCAAAUGACCACUGAUUCAGUCCAUUACAAUGCUUUUAAACUUAAUAAAUACGUAAUGAUUUUGACGUAUUUUUUUUUAAUCAGCCUGUAUAGUUUUUGCAAAGUGGUCAGUAUCAGAAGUGGAGUCUUUUGGUUUACUACAAAGUUUUGAUUUAUAGGAAUACGUGAGGCAGAAGAAUAUUUUCUGCAUAAUAGUUCUCUGUUCUGAUAUUUCCACUUCUUGGGUUGGAUGUAUUAUAUUGUGUGAGAGUUGUAUUCAAACACUUAUUGGUAACUUUCUUUGAUUUAAAAAGUGUAAAAAGAAAGCAGAAAAGAAAAAAAGCUACUGAACAUUGUGCCUCAUCUCCCACUGAGCCUGUCUGACAUUUGUCGUUGUUGUCCUUUGUAAAAUAAGAAGAAUCUCCUUGCACUUAUUCUAAAUGGAGAAUGUGAAAUGCAUCGAGUGUGCGUGUUUGUUCAUAUUGCCUGUCAUAACAGCAUCUUACAUGCUGGUGUUGACGUGUUCUGUCAAUUAAAAUUUUACCUGUUCA